AUGACUAGACCCCUGGAGCAGGCGGUGGCUGCCAUCGUGCUUACCUUCCAGGAGUAUGCGGGGCGCGGCGGGGACAAGCACAAGCUCUGCCAAUCAGAGCUCAAGGAGCUGCUGCAGAAGGAGAUGCCCACUUGGACUCCGACGGAGUGUCGGGAGUGUGACUACAAUAAGUUCAUGAGUGUUCUGGACACCAACAAGGACUGUGAGGUGGACUUUGAGGAGUAUGUGCGCUCACUCACCAGCCUGUGUCUCUACUGCCAUGAGUACUUCAAGGACUGCCCCCCGAAGCCCCCUUGUUCCCAGUAG